UGUCGUUUGAUUGAGGCAGAUUGAGGUUAUGUUAUUGUUGUUGUUAGGCCCCAAUAGAUAAUUAUUUACAUUGUGCUACAAUUAAUACAUUUUACAAUGCAAAUAUAUGUCGACUGUAAAACGGAGAACGAGAACGGUGUGCCGGAGUGGGCAAUAGUAGAAUUGCAGGGGUUGGUCCAAAUGAAGGAAUCUUCGGGCGGCGCGGCGCUAGUGGGCGACCUGAGCUUCACGGCGCGCAGCCGCCAGCCGUCGCUCGUCUUAGGCCACCACGUGCUGGCCGGCAAGGAGGUCAAGCUCGACCAACCCAUGGCCGUCAUCGAAAAGGUCACCGAUGACCACACCACCCGAUAUCGCGUCAGGGCCGUCGUCAAAAAGAAGCUGCUGUUCAAAUCGAGACCGAAACCAAUUAUUUCUAAUGUCGCCGAAAAGAUAUGAUUGAUUAAAAUUAUGUAUACAGAACAUC